AUGUUAAUUGCUGCAGGUGCAAUUGAAGAUUGGACUUAUUAUCUUAUUAAUUUUACUCCAUCAUCAACAUCUCAUAAAGAAUGUAUUCGAUUUGAAUCGGAUUUAAAACGUAUUUAUAUUUAUGCAACACGUUCAAUACAAACACAAGAUCAAACAAAUUCAAAUCGAUAUGCAUUAGUAGCUAAUGCAUUCAAAGAAACAAAUAUUAAAAGACCAGAAGAAUGUCGAUGUGCUCUCCAAGUUUUCCAAUAUAUUAUUAAGGAAUUUCGAGAUAAAACUGAUACACCUGAAUUAGAAAUUAAAGAUUUAGCAAUGGAAAUUCGUGGUUAUGGAAUUUUUGCUAAUGUAGCAAAAGAAGAUGUUAAAUUUAUAUUUGUUGGCUUAAUUCAACGUUGUGAACAAAUUGCAAUGCCAACAAUGACAUUAGCUCAAGCAGUAGAUGUAUUUGAUGAACGUUUUUAUGGUUUACCGGAUUUAAUUGAUGUUAUUUCAGCUAUUAUUAUUGAAAUGACAAAUAUUGGAGAAGAAUUUCUUGGUCCACUUGAAUGUUUAACUUAUAUGACAAUUGAUUAUUAUCCACGUUAUCAACCUAAACCACAAGCAACAACAUGUUUAUCUAUUAUUAAAAUGAUUUCAGUUUUACAAACAAAACCAAUUUCUAUAAACCAUUUUUAUCUCGAAUUGGAGGAAGAUAAAGAUGAAACUACUACAACUGAUCCUGGUUUUGGUAUGAAACCUGUUUAA